CUCCCCCCCGCACCGGUCUCUGGCCGCCCGAGGUAGGUGGUAGGUGGGCCGGGCCGCGCCCCCUCCCUGCGUCCGCUGCGGACCCACGAUGCCGCAGUACCAGACCUGGGAGGAGUUCAGCCGCGCGGCCGAGAAACUCUACCUCGCCGACCCUAUGAAGGCACGUGUGGUUCUCAAAUAUAGGCAUUCUGAUGGGAGUUUGUGUAUUAAAGUAACAGAUGAUUUAGUUUGUUUGGUGUAUAGAACAGACCAAGCCCAAGAUGUAAAGAAGAUUGAGAAAUUCCACAGUCAACUAAUGCGACUCAUGGUAGCCAAGGAAUCCCGCAAUGUUGCCAUGGAAACAGACUGACGGGUUUGAAAUGAAGAUCCUUCAUGUUCUUAGGAAGUAAAUAUCUUUUGAAUCAGAAAAAGUGUUGGGAAAGAAAAUACUUUAUGUAACUAAGUGGGCUCUUCAGAAGUGGGGAGAUCAUUUUUUGUACUUUGUUUUUUAAUGUUUACUUUAGAGAGCUAGGAACGUAAAUGCUUUCAGGUAGAAAGCCUUUAUUUAUUUUUGAAAAUUGAACAAGAAAUGAUGCAUCUGUGUUGGGAAACCUUUUGCAGGUUGAUGUGGAGCAAAAUACGUAAUAAUUCUUUGGUAAGUUUGUACCAGUAAUUUGAAAAUGAGAUAUCAGUAAAAGGCAGUUCUUCCUUAAAUUUAAUCUGUCUUUAAAAGAAAAUUAAAUUUAACCAUUUUGCUGGAUUGAUGUAUUUCUUUUGGAGCAUAAAGUUUGUGCUAUUGAUGACCAACAAACAUAAAAUAUGGUAAUUGGAAUUACCUGUGCACAGCAGUGUACUUGACUAUGUAUAAUAUAGUAAUGUAGUCUCAGUUCUAUCUAAAAGUAAUCAUGGAAAUGAGUAUGCUUUACCUAAAACUUUUCCAAACUUAAACUGUAUUUUUGAAUGUAAGGGAUUUGUAGUAUCAUUAGCUUGUUGAGCAGGGCCUUGCUUUAAAUCUAGUUUCCAGUGCUCAAAACAACUGCAUUUACUUGAAGCGCAUGAACAGAUGAUCACUAGUGGACUGAACCACCAUAUUACGCAAGUAUUUGCUACAGAUUUUCCAUCUAUAUUUUCUCAGAAGGGCUAAAGAUUAUUUGAACUGUUAAAUCUUUGCAUAUGUCUGUGCCACUCCUGCCUGUUUCUCCCUGUACUUAACCAAGGUGUUGAACAUGACUGUCACAACUGUUAUUUUUUCCAUUAAGCCAGAAGGAUAUCAUUUGAUAUUUAUCGUAUAAUUGUAACCUCAGUUUUACCAUCUCAAUGUAAUGUUCACAUGUUGCUUCCUACAUUAAAAUAUUUUUUGUUAGGACUUUGUCGUGUUGAGCAACAUUUUAACCUGGACAAUUCUGUCAGCCACAUGAAAUUUUGCAUGUUUCAGAGAAGUCAGUGAGUAAAAUAUUAUAUGAAUAUACAUUGUUCCUCUUGAAGUGUAUAACUUCUCGAGAAUUAAUGAUUUUUUUGACUGAGAUAUACUGUAUUCAUUUAAUGUAAGAUGAGCCUGAUGAGCCUGAUUUUGUUCUUGGUACUUUUUAUUACAUGACUUUCUCUUAAGAUGUCUGUUGUUUGCAAGGUGGUUUUCUUGAUUAAGAAAAGUAACAUCAGGGGCGCCUGGGUGGCUCAGUGGCUGAGUGUCUCCCUUGGCUCAGGUCAUGAUCCCAGGGUCCUGAGAUCAAGUCCUGCAUCAGGAUCCCCGCAAGGAGCAUGCUUCUCCCUCUGCCUAUGUCUCUGGUUCUCUUUGUCCCACAUAAAUAAAUAAAUAAAAUUAAAUAAAAUAAGUAAAUAAGUAACAUCAAAUAGUAAAGGAGGUUUGGGGAUUGGGGUGAAUUAAUGGGCUCACUGGAGGAUUUUUUGACCUUCUUUGUUCUCAUUUACACCUGCUUUUUAACACUAUUUAUUAAAAUAGUGUUAAAUAUUUAUUAAAAUAACCUGAAAGGAAGGACCUGGGAUUUGGGUUCCUUGAGUCCUUGUAGCUUACAGCAGAGAGAGGAGAGCAGAAGUUGCAAGCAAGCAGCCUGGGCUACAGUCUUGACUGGCCUGCUUCCCAACUGUGGUCUUAUGCUUCUCUAAGCCCCUGCUUCCUUCUCUGGAAAUUGGGCCGACAGGAUUCCUAGGACAUGAGGAGGAUCAAAUGGUAGAACCUAUUGUAAGCCCUUGGUACAGUACCUGGAACACUGUAAUGCUCAGUAGAUGGUAGCCGCUAGAAGUAGUCGCUGUAUUUUUCAGGGCAAAAAGUAUGGGUAGCUCUUAAGGUUUAUUUCAUAAUUUCCAUUGAAGGAUUAUUUAGAGGUAGCAUCUGCCUUUUCUGCUGAGAGCUGUGUCUGUUAUUAAAUGCCAUUUUUGGCAGUUGGGAAGCAAAACAAAACUGCCCCCAUAGAGAGUGUUCUUACUGGGGAGAAACAGAAAUCCUUAAAUAUAAAACUUGCGUUUAUUUGUGUCUGUACAUAUUAAGAGAAUUAAUUGGUAAAUGUAUCAAAUUUCUUAAAGACCAUAUAAAUAAUAAAACAUCAACUCAUAUAUUCUGAAAAUUA